AUGCCACUGAGAAAGCAAAACAACAAGCUUCCACAACCAUGUCGCAAGAGAGAACCCAUUCUAGGCUACCAUCGUUUGGUUCGUGAAGCAACUCGGGGUAUCACUUAUGAAGGUCAUCCACUGGAUACACAUAUUCAACAGAUAGAUGCCUAUUUGAGUGCACAACAAAACCAGCGCGAUGAGUCAAGCAAUCUAACCAUAUGGACGGCUGAAUGGCUUGAAGAAAGGCUUGACUGGUUGGAUCGACUCGGAAAAUUGUUUGUCAAAAAUGCUGAAUCCAACCCAAUGCAUAUUCCGAUCGACCUGGCGAUCCCAAUCACACACAUUUGGGAUGGCUAUUUGUACCAUUCGGAUACAGCAAGUCAUUCGGAUUCCAUUGAUCAAUCUUUUGUGUGGGACAUGUAUGUGUUGCUUCAUCGGCCACUGAAAUGCACUUUAUGUCCGGGCUGGGAUGCCGGUGAAGAACCUGGUAUCGCUAAAUUUGAUAUUGAGAUACCACCACCGUUAAAUGUGGAGCCAGAACAACCGGAAGAGAGUAGUGAUGACGAAAUCUCACAGGCAGAUCAUUCAUUUGAUCCUUACGAAUGGAUUCGAAAACCGCGGCUUGUCACCAAAACGACUUGGAACAAAGCGUCUGGGAAACAGUACAUCAAAACGUAUGAACAGCACUUUAUCGACCCGGAUAGAAUGCUCAGCGUGACAACCGGUCAGCUGUUUCCGAUCAUACUCAAUACAAUAGCAAACAAACCGGAAGAUUUUGGUAUAAAAUUGCAGAACUGGCGUCUACUUGAGCAACCUAAUGCAGCAAUGACCGAUAUUUUUGAAGUAAGUUGA